AUGGCAAGUGGAACAAUGUUGCUGAAGCUUGAUGCUGUUGGUACUGUGACAUGGAGAUGCAGAUCAUCUGGUGGUGGUCUUUCACGGAUAUUGUCAUUAUGGUACGCAAAGGAGGGCUCAAAUUCCUUCCAUAGUUCAUCUUCUCUGCAAUUGACUAACAAAACCGAUGAAUAUGUUGCUUUCAAGGUUAAAACGACCAACCCGAAGAAAUAUUGUGUUCGUCCAAACACAGGAAUUGUAUUACCUGGAACAACAUUCGUUGUUACAGUAACUAUGCAAGCACAGAAGGAAGCACCACAGGAUAUGCAAUGCAAAGACAAGUUCCUCUUACAGAGCGUUACAGCACCAAAAGGUGCAACAGCGAAAGAUAUUACACCUGAAAUGUUUUGCAAAGAAAGUGGUAAGCUUGUUGAGGAAUUCUUCUUGUGGGGGAUUUAUAUUCCAGUAAGUCCAAUGGUACUUGAAGUAUCUUCUUCUAGGGCAUCCGAUGUGGAGAAUGGAAUUCAAGAAACUUCUUUGUUUGAUGUUAUAAGUAAAUCACUACUUAUGGGUACGAGUAGCGGAGAUCCCCUAAACCUUCAACCCACAGAGCUCACAUUUCCAUUCGAAUUGAGAAAGCAGAUUUCAUGUUCUCUGCAAUUAACUAACAAUACUGAUGAAUAUGUUGCUUUUAAGGUGAUUUAUGUCCCAGCGAAUGUACCUGAAGGAACCGAGGAAGGAUCUUCUCCUAGGGCAUCUGGUGUGGAGAAUGGGAGUCAAGAAACUUAUUUGCUUGAUGUUAUCACUACUGACACUCUCCAACAACGGAAUCUUUAUCAUUGUAGUCUUCGGCGACGGAUUCUUCAUCAACAUCUUCAUCAACGAUGCUUCUGAUGACUGAUUGGGUCUUCCCUUGGAAAACACAGGAAGUUGAAAGCUUGAUUCCUUGGUAUAUCAUACAUGGUUGCUUUUCUGAUAUCAACCAUCAUUGAAUCGAUUUAGAUGAUGUUGAUUGACGUGAGAAGAUGAAAACAUGUAUACAUAAAUGUAAUUUAGAUGGAUAGAUCACUUGAUUAAGAAGAAAGACUUUCCAAAUAAUGAUAUUCCUAAACCGAGACGAACAAGGAUUAAAAAAAAAAUAAUAAUAAAAAACGCCAGUAGGUUCUAAAACUUGAACGAUGUUUUCCUCUUAGGCUUCCUGUGAUUCAAUUAAUUCCUAUAUAUAUAUAUUUUAUUUUAUUUUAA